CCCACGUCUGCUUACUGCUGUCUGCAGGUGGAUGUCUUCAGACAAAAUCUUUUCCAGGAGGCUGAUGACUUCCUCUCUACAUUCUUGCCACGGAAAAUCAUAUCCCUGAGUCAGCUCCUGCAGGAGGAUUCCCUCAAUGUGGCUGACCUCUCCUCCCUCCGGGCUCCUCUGGACAUCCCCAUCCCAGAUCCCCCACCCAAGGAUGAUGAGAUGGAAACAGACAAGCAGGAGAAGAAAGAAGUCCCUAAGUGCGGCUUCCUCCCCGGGAAUGAGAAGCUUUUGGCCCUGCUCGCUCUGGUUAAGCCAGAAGUCUGGACUCUCAAAGAGAAAUGCAUUCUGAUAAUCACCUGGAUCCAGCACCUGAUCCCCAAGAUUGAGGAUGGUAAUGAUUUUGGGGUGGCAAUUCAGGAGAAGGUGCUGGAGAGGGUGAAUGCUGUCAAGACCAAAGUAGAAGCCUUCCAGACAACCAUUUCCAAGUACUUCUCGGAACGUGGGGAUGCUGUAGCCAAGGCCUCCAAGGAGACCCAUGUAAUGGAUUACCGGGCCUUGGUGCAUGAGCGAGAUGAAGCAGCCUAUGGGGAGCUCAGGGCCAUGGUGCUGGACCUCAGGGCCUUCUACGCUGAGCUAUAUCAUAUCAUCAGCAGCAACCUAGAGAAAAUCGUCAACCCAAAGGGUGAAGAGAAGCCAUCUAUGUACUGAGCUAAGGACUAGAAGGAAAAUAAAUGACUUAUACUUUA